AUGUCACGAUCCACCGACCACUCCCGUACAAAAUUACACUCCAAAUCUACUUCGUCGCCCGACAAACACUUUCAUGUCCCCAUAGAUCUGUACUUGUCUCCAAGAGAGGCUGCUGCUAUUCGCAAACCUGCCGUGUUGUACAAAAGAAGCCAAGAUAGACUCGACAAACCUCCCGACCCAGCCAGAUCUACACGCGGUCCUGCCGACAGCGCUUCCAGGAAGGUCAAAGAAAAAGCAAGCUGGCUGAGCCUCGGCCGCAACUCUACCUCUGCCGGCCUGUGGAAACCCGCGACUUGCACGUUAGUCGAAGAGGAAGAGGGCUGUCUUCUCAAUGUCUUCAUAGAAACACCGUACUUUACAAAUCGGUCUAUGUCUAUCUCCUUAAUCACACAGAUAUUCGCCCUGUACAUCACUCUCUUUUUGACCGCACAAACUGUCUGGGAAUCUACUGCGUUGCGUGCGUUCCACUUCCCAGUAUUCUCCCCACCGAACCUGGCUAACCCGCUGGCCAGCGGCCAGACAUGGUGCUCUUUUCCUCUCGUUGAGCCGCUCUUUGUACAUUUCCCUGACAACGCUACUCUCCACGCAUGGCUCGCUCUCCUCCGCUCCUAUGCCCAGCCCGAGGCCUACGGUCGCUGGCUUGCGCCUACUGACGGCGGCCUCUACCGCAUGUGGCGCCAGGUCGAGCUUACAUGUCUCCAGGGCCGCAACCUCGGCGCUUCCCGCCCGCUCUCUGGCGUCUUCUCCGACGACACCUCUGCCCCUAAUGUGGGCUUCGGCGUUGGUGCGUCGGGCGAUCCUGACAAGGAACGUCCGAUUGAUCCUGGCGGGGGUGGAGGCGGUGUGUCGUCAUCAGUAAGCGCGUCAGGGUCUGCAUCCUCUGGGAUCGCAUCCCCGGACGCGCUCGACAUCGACGUAUAUGCGGAGGUGUUCGUGAACGGUAGCCUCUGCGGACGGACGACGGUUAAGCGUGGCGUUGGCGCGCCAGACUGGCAGGAGCGUUUCGUGUUUGCGGAUCUCCCUCCGUUUGAGACUCUCGAGGUCGUCCUCUGGCGCGAGAAGCGUCUCGCCCGUCCAGCGGUGCUCGGGAGCGUCAUCAUCGUGCUCCCGAACUUUCGCCGUGGGGAGUCGAUCGAGGGCUGGUUCCCAGUCCUUGCAGGUGUGGGUCCUGGAGGUGGGGUAGACGCGGCAUAUAUGCAAGCGGGGGAGAUGCGUCUGCGGGUGCGCGUCGACGAGGAGAUUAUCUUGCCGUUCUCAGAGUACGCCGCUGUCCUUGAUACAUUUACCUCAAGGAACAGCCUCGACUGGAUGCGCGAUCUCGAAGUGAAAUUCAGGCUAAAGAGUAUAGCGCAUCACAUCAUAUCCAUCGCCAUUGCAAAGGACAUGCUUGUUGAUAACAUCAUGGAGCUCGCUGACCGCGAAGUCGACGGCACCCCAACAUCACACAAUACACUCUUUCGUGGAAACACAGUGCUCACGAAGACGAUGGAAAUGUAUAUGUCGUGGUACGGCUCGGCAUUCCUUGAGGCAAGCAUCGGUGCUACUGUACGUCGGCUCUGUGCAGAACGGGUUGCCAUCGAGGUCGAUCCGGUUCGUAGUGGGAAGGGAUCGAAGAACGCUGAGAAGAACGUCGAGUUACUCGUGUACUGGUGCCAGGAGUUCUGGGGAGGGAUCUAUGACGCGCGAAAACUGUGCCCUCCCGAAAUGCGCAGACUCUUCCAGCAUGUACGCAGGUUGGUGGAGAAACGCUACUGCGUGAAUGCCAAUCAGAAUAUGGAGUUGCCACGGCAGAGCGUAUCCGCGUUCUGCUUCCUUCGGUUCAUAGUCCCAGCGAUCUUGCACCCACACUUGUUCGGUCUUUGGCCAGGCAUGCCCGAGGUCCGAGUGCAGCGGAGUUUAACACUGAUUGCAAAGGUUAUACAGAACUUGGCCAACCUCAAUGCCGUGGUCCGGAAAGAACAAUUCAUGCGCGGUGUCAAGGACUUCCUGACUAGCAGUCUGCAGGGCAUGGUAGACUACAUAGCUGUCAUAUCCACACCCGAGCCUGAACAUACAAGAGCUUCAGCGUCAUCAACACUUGACAAGAACGAGGAGCUACGCAUUCUGGGGAUGUUGCGCCAACGCGGGCUCGCUGCACCGGUACUCCACCGUGAGGCGACACCGAUCCCACCGCAUCUGUUGGACCUCUCGAAGCACCUCGCCGUCCUUACCUCAGUCGUCGUGCGCCACUCCCGAUCGCACAAUUAUGUGCCUUCUCAGCCUUCUAGUUCUGCCCCCGCCUCGGACUCCGAGCAGCAAUUUGAUUCCUUUUGUAGGCGAUGUCUCGAGGUGGAGGAGCAGGCAUUGCGCCGUGUGAGCCAGCUCGCGAGUAGGCCUGGUAGGCGGCGAGAUUCUAGCGUGAGCACGUCUUCUCCGCUCGCAAUGAGCGUCCCACUGCCACCGUCUCCCACGUCGCCGAUUCAGAUUCCCAGACGCGGGCGGCGCAUAUCAGUCCUGCAUGGGAAUCGGUCUACACGGAGGCUGCCACGUCCGCGCACCGCGCCACACGAGCAAGAUGCCUCGGGUUCUCAGAACACCGAGGCGUCUGACGAUGCAUCUGUGCCACAGAGCCCCACGGUGGGCACCGACUACUCUGGUCCUACAAUCUCGCAGUCAGCACCCGACAUAAGUGCGCCAGUGCAGAGUACGCGAGACCAGACGCGUUCACUGCGUAGCCCACGACCAUCCCUUACUCAUCAUCCACGGUCAUCUUCGACAGACUCGGCGCUCAUGAGCAGAGGCAUGCGGGAGAGGCUAUCCCUGGUGUCGAGUGGGACGCGUAAAGCUCUGUCCGACCUGCCAGACGACACGACCAGGAAGCGGAAGGGCAUCUUCCGCGGAAUAUUGGGUCGCCGAUGA